UGCUGGGUCUUUGCUGUGGGGUGAGGCAGCUCGUGGCCGGACACGGUUCUUGUACGCCUUUUCGGCUCAUUUUUGACGUCGAAAUGCCUAAGAAAGCUGGUGCGACGAACAAGGGUAAAAGCCAGAGCAAGGAACCAGAGAGACCACUUCCUCCCUCUGGUCCUGUGGCAGUUGAUCCUAAAGGUUGCGUCACCAUAGCCAUCCAUGCCAAACCUGGCUCCAAGCAAAACGCUAUAACAGAUUUGACACCUGAAGCCGUAAAUGUAGCUAUUGCAGCACCUGCCUCAGAAGGAGAGGCUAAUGCAGAGCUCUGUCGAUACCUUUCCAAAGUCUUAGAACUCAGGAAGAGUGAUGUGGUUUUGGAUAAGGGUGGUAAGUCACGUGAGAAAGUGGUGAAGCUUUUGGCCUCCACAACUCCAGAAGAGAUCUUGGAGAAACUGAAAAAGCAAGCUGAAGACAAAUAGAGGCCAGAAAUGAAAAAUACUUCUGUGAGAAACUUUUUUACUGCUAACAGUGAAGAGGCUGUUAAAUAGGAAAACAUAUUUAAAUACAGAAGAACAUAGAAAUGUAUUUUUUGAUUAAGAACAAAACUAACAAAAGAAGUAGAAAUUCAAAAAGUACUAUUCAUUGAUUUCAGGGCUUAAAAGCCCCGACCCAAAACAGCUUGGAACAUGUGACUAUGAUUUCAUGGCACUAUAAAAUAACAGAGCUGGAAAGGAUAUUCAAGAUGACUUCACUUCACCCCUUUCAUUUUAUGAUGGAACGUCUAGUAUCCAGAGGUUGAGAGACUUAAGAUCACACCGUGCAAGAUGGUAACUAGAACCUAGGUCCCUUGAUUCCUAGUUGAAUGCAGUUUAUUCUAAUCAUAAAUUAAGAUAUUUCCAUUCAUGCUUUACUUGUUUAGAACAUUUCUGGAAUUCUGGAGAUUGCCUUCUAAUCCAGUUAACAAGUGACAGAAAAAUAUCUGUCACUGCAUUGUAGUCUUACCAUAUAUUUAAAACACUAACCUAAAUGCAAAAAUGUUUUCUACAUAUUUUAAAACUAUAUUGAGCCUUUUAUGAAAAAGUAAGAAAAAUCCAGACUUGAAAUUUAUUGAUGUUAAUUAUAAUAAGACGUGAAUGUUUUUUCCCUCUGAACAUUGAUGGUAACUGCACUCAUCAAAUCUGGUAGUUCAUGUGAAUCUCCAAAGAUCCUUAAAAGAAGAAAGAGGAUCUGGAAGCUAUCUUCAGUAUUUGUAAAAGCUUUUCAGAAAUCACAUCUAUAUUAAAGCUUCAAAAGCUAAUAACAGAUAUCUUCUUUUUACAUAUUCAGUGCAUGUUAUAGUAAUUUAGUACAGUAAAUAACUUGAUUACCUUGUGCUAAUCAGAAGAGCUGAUUUGUAGUUGUGUGCUUUGUCUAAUAAGUACAAGAGAAUGUAUUGAUAGACAAAUCUUUAGAAACACAAAAUCCACAAAAGGGACCAAUACUAAAAAUUCUUGUUGUUAAGAGCUGGAAAUACUCAUCUGAUACAACUCUCUUAUUUUGUUAGUAUGAGCUGAGGGCAAGAAAAGUUAGGUGGUUUAUCCAUGAUCACAGUGCACAUCUAUGGCAGAGCCUGCAUUAAAGCUCAGUAUCUUGUCUUAGAAACCAUUCUGCCUCCCAAUAGGCUUCUGUUCUAUGUGAUCUUGGCUUAAGAACUUUUCCCACUCUUUUUUCAACACUGUUCCAGUAUGUGCACUCUGAAAGCAUUUACUUGUGUUUAAAUAAUGUGUAUCACUGUUUGUUAGUAUACUUUCCUUGGCAAGAAAUAGAAACUCAACUCCAUGUGUCAAUAAAGGGAUACACAGCUGGAAAAUCCA